UGUCUGUGGCUGAAUAGAGACUCAGCAGCAGCCUCUGCAUUUGCAUUUGAUGCAGACUUCUAGCAGACUUCAGCCGGCGACCCAGCACACGGCGGAGGACUCUGAACUCAACAAAACUUUGCUGAACGAGGGUUACAGCACCCAGUGGGAAACACCAGCAACGUGGUUUCACUUCGAUGUUUGGGCUUUUUUCGAGUUGAGGUAAAAAGUAGCUUGCGUGCGAUUUAGGUCGGGUGUGUUCAAAAUAGCUGCGGUUUAGAAGAAGUGCAGACGGAUCUAGAUUUCUUUGCGGAGGAGCACUAAAUCCACAGCGCAACAGUCUACCGGUGCACAGUCCACUGCUGAGCUCGAGCCAGACAGACGGAGUGCGCUAAAACUGGAGGCUUUAACUCUGAGAUGCAUCUGUGAGGCGAUUAAUAAACAACAACAACCUGUCUCCAGACAAACAACGCGUUCUUCUCCAGUACCCGGACCGUGUAAGGAGCGGCCGUCCCCGUGUUUUGUCCAGAAACGAAGGACUUCUCGACACUGGAAGGACUUAAACUGAACUCAAGAUGUCAAUUUUGCCUUUCACUCCCCCCAUUGUCAAAAGACUUUUGGGCUGGAAGAAGGGAGAGCAGAACGGCCAGGAGGAGAAGUGGUGCGAGAAGGCGGUGAAAAGUCUGGUGAAGAAGCUGAAGAAGACGGGACAGCUGGACGAGCUGGAGAAAGCCAUCACCACCCAGAAUAUCAACACGAAAUGCAUCACCAUACCAAGGUCUCUGGAUGGCCGUCUGCAGGUGUCCCACAGAAAAGGUCUCCCCCAUGUCAUCUACUGCCGUCUGUGGCGCUGGCCCGACCUGCAGUCCCACCAUGAGUUGCGGGCGGUGGAGCUGUGCGAGUAUGCCUUCCAUACGAAGAAGGAUGAAGUGUGCGUCAACCCAUACCACUACCAGAGAGUAGAGACGCCAGUACUCCCACCUGUGCUGGUGCCCAGACACACAGAAAUCCCCAGUGAGUUCCCACCUCUGGAUGACUACAGCCAUUCAAUCCCUGAAAACACCAACUUUCCUGCUGGCAUUGAGCCCCAGAGCAACUACAUACCAGAAACGCCACCACCAGGCUACCUCAGUGAGGAUGGAGAGACCAGCGAUCACCAGAUGACCCACAGCAUGGACACAAGCUCCCCCAAUCUUUCACCCAAUCCCGUUUCACCCACACACAGCAACUUAGACCUUCAGCCAGUGACGUACUGCGAGCCGGCCUUCUGGUGCUCCAUUUCCUACUACGAGUUGAACCAGCGAGUAGGAGAGACCUUCCAUGCCUCACAGCCCUCGCUGACAGUGGAUGGCUUCACAGACCCCUCUAACUCAGAGCGCUUCUGCCUGGGCCUGUUGUCCAAUGUGAACCGCAAUGCAGCUGUGGAGUUAACACGCAGACAUAUUGGUCGUGGAGUUCGGCUCUACUACAUCGGAGGAGAGGUGUUUGCUGAGUGUUUGAGCGACAGCGCCAUCUUUGUCCAGAGCCCAAACUGUAACCAACGCUACGGCUGGCACCCUGCCACAGUCUGCAAGAUCCCUCCAGGUUGUAACCUAAAGAUCUUCAACAACCAGGAGUUUGCUGCCCUACUGGCCCAGUCAGUCAACCAGGGCUUUGAGGCUGUGUACCAACUCACCAGGAUGUGCACCAUCCGUAUGAGCUUCGUCAAGGGCUGGGGAGCCGAGUACAGGCGACAGACGGUGACCAGCACCCCCUGCUGGAUCGAGCUGCACCUGAACGGCCCCCUGCAGUGGCUCGACAAGGUGCUCACACAAAUGGGCUCCCCCAGCAUCCGCUGCUCAAGCGUCUCUUAGGGAAACAAUUCAUUCACACCCACUUCCUGUACACCACAUCUCCUGUCAGUGACUACACACACACAGACUGCAUGCAGACAAGAAAUGGCUGCACAAGUAUGGAAAGAUGUUGAGCCCCCCCGCCUCUCACUCAGCCAAUCCUAAAUCUGUAACUUCCUCCCACCAGCUGUCGAAGCACUUUUUAUAUACAUGUUGUAUGUGGCGAAAGGGGACAAGUGCAGUAAACCAUGUUAGUAUGAUUUCCACAUCAUGUCCAGAAUUUUUACAUCUAUAACAGCCAGAAUGGCUGAAACAACAGGAGGAAGUUUUUAUCAAUUCAGAGGUUUCUCUUUCCCUAUUUUUCAUGAUUUUUACAUUUUUUGUACAGAUUUUAACGUGAAUAGUGGUAUUAAAACAUGAAUUACAAUUUUUUUAAGCAUUAAUAACAAUUUUGUAAAGCAUGAUUGUGUUGAAUGCAUUUCACAUGACUUUGUUUCUGUAUUUGGGCAUUCAAUAGGUUAUGAAUUCAUUUACAAAUGUGACCCAGUGCGCUUAAACCAGGAAAUGUUCAACCACCAUUUAUUAGCACUGUGUGAAGGAAUAUACUGUAAGCCUUGCACAGAUAUUUGUUUAGGUUUUCAUACUGUCAUUUCAUGCAGGCUGCGUUACUCUGACAAGACAAAGAAAUACAGAAACAAACACUCGAGGUAAAACUUCUUUCCUCCCCAAAAGAAUAAUUUGCCUAAUAACAGUGAGUUUAAGUAUUUUUAUGGCAUGUAAAUGUCUCCAUCUAUUUCUUUUAGAUAAGUUCAAUGUAAAAGGUCAAAUUUAAUACAAAGUUUCCUUCACUGCAAAAUCUGACGGUGACUUUGCUUAAAACAAAAGGAAGAAACCGAUUACCACUACUUUGAGUCAUUUUAAGUUGCAACAACUCACUUCUUUACUUGGUAUUUCUGAGAUAAUCAGUUUCCUGACCAUAUAAAUAGAUGUGUAAUUUAUUACAGGGGAAAUAAAAAAAAAUAAUUUGAAAUGCAAAACAUUUAUGUAAAAUCCCCAAGUAAUAAACCCUAGAAACAAAUAAAAGGUUUAACGACACUGUACAUUUAAAAGUUGAUUUUACUUAAAAAAGACAGGAAACCAGUUACCUCAGAAUUACUUUGUUACUUCAAAUCAUUUGUCGUCUUUAUUUUGUAAUUUUUAGCCAAUCCAUUCCCUAGAUUCGUUUAAAGUAAAGUCACUUCUUAUAAAUUAUUCAAUAUAUAAUUAUUAUGACCCUUUACAUUGAACUGAAAGUUACUGUUUUAGGCAAAUGUAAGUCAGAGUGUAAACACACUUUGAUUUGAAUGGUGGCCCAGAUUACUGAGCAGUCAAAGCAGACAGGAGGUACAACUCUUUGAACCCAUAUAUGAGUACUUAAAGACUGUGGCAGUCAUCAGAUGUCACGAGGAGGAGGAUGCACUUUUGUAAAAAGUUAAUAUUCUAGUUGGCAAAGUUCAUUUAAUGGCAGUUGUAGCUGACAGCUGCGGUAGUUCUUCUCAGAGGGUUUUAUGAAAUAUAUCCUGCAUUAAUUUCAGGAUGCUUUGCCAAUUUGCAAAAUACUUUUGCAGCAUUGUAUUGUGUCGUAGUUAGUAUAUAUAAUAGGCAUUUACACAGAACUUGAAAACAUCUCACAGACUGUAAUAUUCUGCAAACAUUUAGUUAAAGUGAACACAAACUGUAGUAGGAACACUCGUGUGUGCUCUGCAGACGGCUGUGUGAAGAGAGCAGGAAGAUGCCUUUGCUUUUUUAAUUAUCUCUCUCAGCAGUCCAUAACAUUGGUCUUAUUUUUAGCCAUCAGUGAUAUCCACUUUUUUGCACACUCAGGAUUGUAAAACAAAAAAAACAAGAAUUAUGUACAGAAACUAGUGAAAAGGACAAAUGUACAACUCUAUUUUGUUACCAAUUAUUUUUGUAGGACAUUAAAGGCAAUGAUGACUUUGUCUGCUCCAGGGGCCAGAUGCAUAAAACUAAAACUGUGUGUACGCACAAAGACGGAAAUAUGUAGAUGCAUUCAUUCUGUCGCCUGAAGCUUUGUAUUUAUUUGAGUCUAUUGGUCUUGAGUCAAUAUGUGACUGUACCAAAUCAAACUGUAGUGUCACCUUCUGGUUCAGCAUCAUAGCUGCUUCUCAAACCACUUCUUACCAAGAAACAUUCAGGCGCGCAACACAUGUAGCCUUCUCUAGACUUUGUUACAAAUUUGGUGAUGGUUGAUCAUUCACAGUUCGUCUGAUUGACAAACUAAUGUCACUGCUGGUUCUGUUUCAUAAAUCUGGAAAUGGGUCCACAUGCACAAGCUUCAUUUCCACUCCCACAAUUAUCCAUAAAUCGACGUUUAACUGUCCUUGAACAUUGAUAUUUGUGCCCUCAUUAGACCUAGAGAACAGAAAUUAUUAAGCACUGUGUUAUUUUUAGGCUGUGUUUCAUCAGCAGCACCAGAACAGCUGUCAUUACGUACAACAGCUAUGUACAACAGUGGCUAAUUAUAGCACCCGCACAUGUCCCAGUAAACCAUCACUGCAUCGCAAUCAUCAUUACUAAACGUCCAACAGAUGAUCAGUGACUAACAUAUCGAGAGAAAAAAGACUUUGCUAAUCAGGACCAAAUGAAAGGAUCAUUAAAAGGGAAAUUUUCAAUGUGUGAAAGAAUAACACAUAAUAACACUAAUAUAAAAGCAUUCGAUAAAAACAAAUUACACGUUACAAGUUUUUCCAGUUCUACGAGAUGAAACCAGCAUUGUUGUUUAUAGCUGCCACCUCCUAUGACCAUGUUAUAUUUAAAUGAUAUCAUACUAAUACUAUUAACACAGUAUUAGUAUUUAUUUUUUAAAAUACCAGGACAAGCCUAGGCACCCCUAGUGCGUGAGGUUCCCCACAUUCUUCCUUGAGAAUAAUUACCAGUUCAUGUUUGGGAGACGGCAUACUCUUGUUUUUGUGCGUACACACCCUUUAUACAUCUGGCCCUUAGUGUUUUUGCAUGACGUGACAGAAAAAUACUGCCAGCAGGUGCAGGGAUACUGACCUUGUAUUUUUCUACCUGUGAAGACAAAGGCAAAGCUUGUUACAAAGGGAAAUGUUUGGACAGACGGAGGUGUGUACAUAACAGUAGCUUCUCAACAUCUGAUGUCCCUAUUUUUUAGGUCAAUGUACAUAAAGUGCAUACAUGUGUUAUAAUCGGACCAUUAACCUUUAUAAUGUUGGUGGUUUUGUCAACAGAAAAAGAAGCUUAAAAAUAAUUUUAAAGUUAGAAUAAAUGUCAAAAAAAGCUAAAAAGAAAAGUCUUAGCUUUGGUCCUGUUUGCUGUCAGUACCCCGCUGUGGUGGAAGUGGAUCGGUUUCCUUCUGGUUCUAUAACACUAGACAAAGACACAGUGGGUGAACACCGACAUGUUUGGAUUCUUUUUACAGAACUUAUUUACAUUAACCCAGCUUUUGAUGUUAAUGCCAGCCCAGUGGUGCUAAUCUUUUAACAUUUUAGGGACUCAAGAGAACCACAAAGCCAUAGGAUUUGACUCUUAAUGCUUAAUUUUCCUCAAACUGUAGUGUGGGAUUGUUUCAGAAACAGUAGCAUCUACUAAUCUGAGACAGACAGCUCUUUUAGAGCUUCUAGUGUCCUUGAACACAGCAGUCCUGAUCCUAAUGGGCUCUUUAACCACCCAGUGGUCAAUGUAACUACCCAGUAGGGAAUGUUUUGCAAACAAAUUUGUUUUUUUUAUACGCUCUUCAAGUUAUGAUGCUUAUGCUUUUUUCCCCCUUGUUUAAAUUGUUCACUGUAAUCGUCGUUUCUUAGUUGUGAUUCAUGUCUCCGUGCUCUCAAUUGGUCUUCUAGAUGUCUUGUAUAAGAAUUGUACCCUUAUUUUUCUCUGCCUAUAAAAAGUUGAUGUGUUGCUUUAUAUUUUUGUUUAUUAUUGUUGGUCCAUGAAUAAAAGUAUAUAUCUUGUGGUGA